AUGGAUCUGUUAUCCAACCAUCAGGACGUGCUGCUGCAGAUGGCCUACUUCGAGACCACCUUGGUAGAUGUCUGGGGGCGUUUUCUUCUAAUCUUGGAGUUUGCUCUAUUACUAGAGCUGAACUGA